CAAUUUUUUUUUUUUUUUUUUUUUUUGAGUCUUGUCGUGUGUCCAUUUUAAAAAUAUAUUUUUUACUUUUCUUUAGCUCUUCUCUUUCUCUUUAACUUUUUCUCUCUUUCUCUUUCUAUCUUUCUCUCUCUUUCUGUCUUUCUCUCUUUCUCUCUCUCGCUCUCUCUUUUUCUCUUAAUUUUUAGAACUUCAAAAUAAAACAUAAUAAUAAUAAUAUUAAUAAAAUCAUAAAAAAAAAAGUUUUUUUUUUUCUGUAAAUGAUUAUGAUGGCGCCUUUUACAUCCACCAAUAACAAUACUACAUCCACCACAAUGAAUAGUUCCACAACGACGGCUUCAAAAGGAAAGAAACCAUAUAAGAGCUGGUUGAAAGACGGCGUCAAUGGUGGACCUUGUUCUAUGGAUAUCUUAAUUAAUUGGUUAUCAAAGAAAACAAAUUAUGCUAAAUGGAAAGGUGACGAUUGUGAACGAAUUCCAAAGAAAUCAUUACUUGAGAGUAUUAUUGAUGAAAUGAGAGUAGCCGGUAUUUAUCAUCGAUUAGCAAAAGAUGUUGCCUCAAAAAUAUCUACACUACAAAGCAAUUAUCGUUUAGCUCGUGAAUGGAAAGAAGUAGAUGGCAAAAAGUUAUUAGAAACCGGUAUUAGUGAAGAAAGUAUUCAUGACGAACUCUUAAAACGCUUUCCCUAUUGGGAUGCGUUACAUGAGGUAUUCGGUAGUAAUAAAAAUACAGCUGCUUGGCCUAUGUCAAUCAGUAAUAUAAUGCAUUCUAAAGAAGAAACUAUACAUGAUUCUUUUCGUAUUAAAAGAGAAAGUUAUGAUUUUAAUGAUACAGAAACUACAUUUGAAUCUUCAACAAAAUGUAAACGACGUCGCUUAAGUGAUAGUUCAGUACAGCUUAAUACGCGCUGUUCUAUUGAUAAUUCAUCUGAUUCAGCAAGUACCACUUAUUCUACUCAAUCAUUACCUACAAUACAGCCACCACCACCACCACCACCACUACCACCACCACCACCACCACCUAUUACUGUUACAACAACGACUGAGUCAUCUUCUACACCAUCUCUCUUUCGAUCUUUACCCCGAGUUUUACCUUCUCCUAUUUUAAACUCUACUAUACCACUACAACAACAUCAUACUACUACAUCCUCUUCUAUUUCAAAUCAAACACCUAAUUUAUUAAACACAACAUUAGAUAGACGUGAACAAGUCCUUGCCGAUUCUUUACUUCAAAUGGCUCGCGAAAAGGAGGCUGGUCGAAUGAAACGAUCUCAAGACAUGUUACAAUUUUUACGAGAGAAACGAAUAGAACGAGAUCAGUUAUUGAUUGAAAAAGAAAUUACCAAAAGAGUCAAAGCAAAAGCUGAACUUGUAAAAAACCUAAUGGAAGCUGGCUUUGAUAAAGAUGCAAUUGCUAAACAAUUAAAAUCCAAAUGACCUUUGUGAGUACAUGAAAUUUUAAAUAGAAUAUUAUGCCGAGACUAUUCUUAAAAAAGUAAAAUAAAAUAAAAUAAAAGCAUGAAGCUAAUUAAUCAAAUUGUAGAUU